GCUUAGGCAGAGUGUAGAGACUUAGAGCAGUUUGAAAGGAAAAGAUGAUAAAAAGGGAAAGAGUUGCAAUUUUGAUGAUGAUUAUGUUAGGUUUUGUGGAGAUUCUAAGUAUUGAGGCAAAACUCCCUUGUGCUGUACAAUGUGGUAUACAAUGUUUUGGUUCAGAAUACUUUUAUCCUGACUGUUUGAAGACUUGUCUUCAACAAUGCAAAAAGGUGCCUGCGAGUGCCUACAAUUGUAUUACAAAGUGUGGCGUCAACAAGACUGUCACUGUUACUAUUGAUGGUCGUGGUCAUGUCACUGACGUCGUUGAUUCUUGCUUGCGAAACUGUCCCAGCUUGGAAGACUAAUUAAUUCCAGAC